CCGCGUGAGAACGCGUCCGCUCUCGGCUAGCUGUGAACUGUGCGUACUACGGCCUCGUCGUCGGCCUUUCCCCGCGCCAUCGAUCCACGCCAUUAUAUAGCUGUCGCUGAGCUUGAGACCUCGAGCUCUCAUCAUUAUUCCCAGCUCAGAUCAUCGUUGCGAGACCGAUCGAUCGAUCCAUCUUGUUGUUGCGUUGCUCUGUUUGGUUUCCGUAGUAGAUCGUUUCUUGGUUAGCCGGCCUGUUGAAUUGUUAAUCACGAGAAUUUGGGUAUUUUCUGAUCGAUGACGCAGUGGGCGGAUCUGGACGCGCUCCGGCCGGCGGUGGCCGCCGACGUGCAGGUCGUCACGUCGGACGGGAAGAGCAUCGCCGCCCAUUCGUUCGUUCUUGUAAGAUGGACUUCUGGUUCUUCUCUGUUCAGGGCACGGCGUCGCCGGUGCUGGAGCGGAUGAUCGAGCGGGCACGGCGGGGGUGGAACGCCGAGUGCACCAUCCGCGUCCUCGGCGUCUCCUCCGACGCCGUCUUCGCCUUCCUCCAGUUGCUCUACGCUUCCAGGGUGACGCCGGAGGACGAGGAGGUGGUGACCGCGCACGGGCCGCAGCUGCUGGCGCUGUCGCACGCGUACAGGAUCGGGUGGCUGAAGCGCGCGGCGGAGGCGUCCGUGACGGCGCGGCUCACGCCGGAGCACGCGGUGGACAUGCUGAAGCUCGCCAGGCUCUGCGACGCGCCGCGGCUGUACCUGCGGUGCGCGCGCCUCGCGGCCAAGGACUUCGCCGCCGUCGAGCGGUCCGAGGGCUGGCGCUUCGCGCGCCGCCACGACGCCGCGCUGGAGCUCGAGAUCCUCCAGCUCCUCGAGGACGCCGACCAGCGGAGGGAGCGGUGGGCGCGGGAGAGGGCGUCCCGGGAGGCGUACCGCCAGCUCGGCGAGGCCAUGGACUCCCUCGAGCACAUCUUCUCCGACGACGGCUGCUCCUGCGCCGACGCCGACGCCGACGCCGACACCGACGCGCCGCCGUGCCGCGGCCUGCGCCUGCUGAUGCGGCACUACGCGACGUGCGGCGCCCGCAAGGCCGCGCCGGGCGGCGGGUGCACGCGCUGCAAGCGCAUGGUGCAGCUGUUCCGCCUCCACGCCUCCGUCUGCGACCGGGCGGCGCCGCACGACGACGGCGACCGCCCAUGCCGCGUGCCGCUGUGCAGUCAUUUCAAGGGCAAGAUGCGGGCGGAGAAGGCGGACAAGACGUGGCGGCUGCUGGUGAAGAAGGUGACGAGGGCGAGGGCGAUGUCGCGGCUGGCGGCGGGGCGCGAGCGCGAGGUGGUGCCGGAGGUGGUGGCCGCGUCGUGGGCGAGGUACAGCAGCAGCGGAGGGGCCGCCAGGUUGAGAUGACCGUGAGAACUGUGUUACGUACACAGGGCCAUGUGGAUGGCGUGCGGGACCUUUUCGUGCGUGUUCCUCGCGUGCAAUUUUUCGUCGUGGGAGGGAACACCGCGGAAAAUGGCGUGCCAUAUGCCCCUGCUGCUGCCAUGGGUGGGGUUGGUGGGCUCUCGUAGGAGUGUGACAUAAGCCUGUGAUGUCAGGAGGGGAAUUGAAGGUGGUGCACGAUUCGAUUAGACAGUGUAGUGUCGGUGUUUCAAGCUUGUUGUAGCUGGAAUGAACUCAAGCGGAACUCGUGUAUUAAGUACUGUAUUUGUGUUCCAUCAAAGAAAAUACUUUUUUUUGUCUGUUCAAAGAUGCAAAGGACAUGUACGUAUAUAUAAAGGCGAUCUAUACAUAGUGAUGUUUGGACCUA